UGCCUGGCACUCAUCACAGACAACGAUUCUGCUCCCCUACAGGGCUGGCGGAUGUUUUCGUUGGAGUUUGUCUCGCCUCUCUCCCUCCUCCUGGACCACGCUUGUCGCAUCUCUCAUCGUUCUACUCGCCAUCUUUGUCUCGCCUUUUCUCCAUCAUCACCACAUUGUGUACCUGUAUAUACAGCACAUCGACCGACAACCACUGUCAUUUACAUCUUGACCAUCAUAGAACAUUCGCCACAUAAUCUGAAUCACUCAUCGUUAGCCACAACAUCUUAAUCCCACAUCAUCCUCGCGACUAGAGGAAGAGAGUCAUACAGCAACAGAAUCAUACACGAACAACGACAAGUCGGGUGCAACUUGCCCGAUACACAUUCGCUCCUGUUCGGUGUAACCAACACCGACUACCCGGCUAUUGAGAUCCUUCUCUCGUCGUACUGCGACCAUCGCACCGCAGAACCUCUGUCAUCACAAUCCCGAAACUCAUCACGAUGAGGCACGCACUUAGUGCCAUCGCCGCCUUGGUUGCGACCUUUUCCCUCGUCGCUGGCCAAGGCGCACCAAAGUGUGGAGGUGGAGCCAAGUGCCCAGCAUCAUCACCAUGUUGUUCAGAAUAUGGCCAGUGUGGUGUUGGCGCAUACUGUCUUCAGGGUUGCGACCCCAAAAACUCCUUUGAUCUUCAGUCUUGCACAGCCAAGGCAGUAUGCAAGAGCGGAGACUUCAAGAUGGACUCAUUGAAGGAUGUGCAACAAAAUACCGUCUACCUCGGAGAUGCCAGCAAUGUCAACUGGGUCAGUUCCGGUAUUCCGGUCGUGUACAACAACGAAGCGCUUCUUCUCACCAUGGCCGAGAGCACCGUCGGCACACUGCUCACUAGCACACACUAUGUCUGGUAUGGAAAGAUCAGUGCCAAGAUGACAUCGAGCCAAGGCAAGGGUGUCGUCACGGCCUUCAUCAUGAUGAGCGAUAUGAAGGACGAAAUCGAUUUCGAGUUUGUCGGAGAGACGGUUAGCAACGUACAGAGCAACUACUACUUCCAGGGUAUCACCGAUUACGGAAACAUGAUCAAAUUGGACGUUGACAACUCUCGCUCGAACGUGCACACCUACACCAUUGAUUGGCAACCCGAUCAGCUCUCAUGGGCUGUCGAUGGCAAGAUCCUCCGAACCAUCAAGAAGUCUGACACUUUCAACUCUACCGACAACACCUACCACUACCCUCAAAGUCCCUCGAAGAUCCAACUUUCCCUGUGGCCUGCUGGUCUGCCAUCCAACGGUGAAGGCACCAUCACCUGGGCUGGUGGUCUCGUCAACUGGAACAGCGGAUACAUGCAAAACGGUUACUACUACGCCAUGGUCAGUGACAUUCAAGUCGAAUGCUACAACCCUCCCUCAGGAUGGAGCAACAACUUCGGCAGCAAGGCGUACUACUACACCAGCGCCGAAGGUACCGAGAAGACUGUGGCCAUCGGUAACAACAACACCGUUCUGUCCUCCUUCUACGCCACUGGUGACAACCCCACAUACGACCCCUACGGCAAGAAGUCUGGCGACAGCACUGCUUCUGCUGCUCUCCCUGCUGUGACCGCCGAGACCGUGCCCGGUAUUUCCGGCGGUGGAGUCCGCGGAACCGACGGCUCUACUUCCAACAGCGCCAAUCCGGGCAGCAGCGGCAACAAUGCUGGUGAGAGCGCGGCCAACCCGAACCAGCAAGGCGGCGGUAUCACCAGCUUCUACCAGAAUGGUGGCGCCAUGGCCAACACCAACGAGGCAGCGCCGAAACUCAUCGCCGGCAGCGGGAUUGCUCUGCUCGGCUUCUUCAUUGCGGCACUCAUGCUUUAACCUUCCAUUUCCACCACCACCUUCAAUAUUUUUUAAUACCUUUUCAAUCCUCUCGCUAACGCCCCAACAAAUUUAACGGCAAUUCUUUUUAUUAUUUCUGUGUGCGAUGCUUUGCCUUGCGACUGUUGUAUGGAGGAAAGGAGAUAUGAGGCACAACGAGAGUGUGAUUACCCCGGAUGUUGUUUACAUGCACGGA